GCGCGGCAAGGCCGCGCCAGUUGUUCUAGUUUUCUUUGUUCCCUGGUUGGCGUUGCCUCGUACCAGUACUUUGAUUCCAGCCGCUGACGCGUCACUUCCCAGUUUUCUAAUGUGGCAUCACAUACGUAGUUAAAUGGAAGUUUAGGCGAAGCAUUCAAGAAUUGAGAACUCCCCUUGUUGCCAGAAGCAAACGGCCUGCAGCCUGCUGGCGACAGCAUCGCCGGUGAGCAAAAGCAUGGCCGCCACCGGCGCCGGAGAAGGCAACAAGGCGGCCGCCGGGUCGGCCAGCCUCCACAGCAAGACCCUCCUCAAGAGCGAGCCCCUGUACCAGUACAUUCUGGAAUCCACCGUGUUCCCUCGCGAGCCCGACUGCCUGCGGGAGCUCCGCCUCGCCACCGCCUCCCACCCCAUGGCUGCCAUGGCGGCGUCGCCGGACGAGGUGCAGCUGUUCGGGCUCCUGCUCGAGAUGCUGGGCGCCCGGAACGCCAUCGAGGUUGGCGUGUUCACCGGGUACUCGCUGCUCGCCACUGCCCUGGCGCUCCCCGACGACGGCAAGAUCGUGGCCAUCGACGUCACCCGCGAGAGCUACGACCGGAUCGGAUCGCCGGUGAUCGAGAAGGCCGGCGUCGCGCACAAGAUCGACUUCCACGUCGGGCUCGCGCUGCCGGUGCUGGAUCAGAUGGUCGCCGAUGAGGGGAACAAGGGCGCGUUCGACUUCGCGUUCGUGGACGCGGACAAGGUGAACUUCCUCAACUACCACGAGCGGCUGCUGCAGCUGGUCCGGGUCGGGGGCCUCAUCGCCUACGACAACACGCUGUGGGGCGGCUCGGUGGUCGCGACCCCCGACGAGCCGCUCGCGGCCGCCACCAGGGAGUUCAACGCGGCCAUCGCCGCCGACCGCCGCGUCCGCGUCUGCCAGCUCGCCAUCGCCGAUGGGCUCACGCUGUGCCGCCGCGUCGCCUGAUCACCAGCGUCCGCUGCCCUGCCCUCCCCGACACCGAGAAGAGCUGUGCGCCAGUGCCUGGGAUGACACUGGCCUGUACUGGAAAAUGGCUAAUUGGCAAUGGUUUGGAAUAACGAACUGAUCUCGUGUGAAAAUAAAUCGCGGAUGCUCUUGCGUGCGUCGUCAU